GGUGCAGUACUUGGUCGAUUGUACUAUUCAAAUUAUUUAUGAUGAAUUAAAAAAAAAAGUACCCAGAUGUUUGGAUUGUCCUGGAAUUUUCUUGGGUUUCUAGGGAUGUUUUUGUCUUCUAACUUUGAUAAUCUUUCUGGAUUCCACUUUUGCUCUUGCAAACUCCCAGAAAUAAGGUGAUUCGAAUUUAUAAGCAUUCGCUAGGACUGUGAAAAACGAGGAGGCGCGUGAAACGACGCUGGAUCACCGGUUCUGAUGGAUGGGAAUUGGGAACGCCUGCAGAAACUGUUUCAGUUUUCUAUAUAAUAAUUGAGAGAGGCGAAGUCAACAAAAAAUCGUAUGUAUCUGAAUAUUCUCUGGAGAAACCCUAGAUUUUAAUUCACCACUCUCCGAUUUCUCUCUCUCUCUCUCUGUCUCGAAAGAUGGCUAAGAAUCGGGAACCCGAGAAGCCCGUCGAAUCCGAAACGGAAUCAGGGGAGGAAGAAGAUGAAGUAGCUACUUCUGAAGACGUUGGCUCGCAGGAUUCCGACUCCGAACCCGAUCUGGCGCAAGUUAGCAAAAAGCCCUCAUCCUCAACACAGGCAACUCCCAAGAAAGCCCAACCUCAGUCCUCCUCUAAACCCCAACCGCAGCCGCCUUCAUCCUCUGAUGAGGAGGAAUCUGGAUCUGAAUCGGAGUCAGACUCCGACGAACCAGACCCGAACGUCAAGCCCAUAGCAUCCAAGCCCAUGGAAAAUGAACAGAAAUCCAGUGACGGCGCUAGGAAGCUCAGAUCCAAGCCCAUUGCUUCGGAUCUCGUAACUCCUGCUAAAUCCACCGCCGCAAAACGCCCUGCCGAAGAGAAAGAACCGGAGACUAAGGAUGCUAAGAAGUCGAAGAAAAAGGCCGAGCCCGACACUUACGCGAAAAAGUCUACUGAUGAUUCGAAGAAAUUGCUUUUCCAGAGGCUUUGGAGUGAGGAUGAUGAGAUUGUGAUUUUGCAAGGGAUGAUAGAUUAUGUGACCAAGAAGAAGUCCGAUCCGGCUGCUGACUUGAAUGCUUUUCAUGAUUUUAUUAAGAAGAAUUUGCAUGUGGACGCGACUAGGACUCAAUUGCAGGAUAAGAUUAGGAGCCUGAGGAGGAAGUAUGAGAACAAUAAGAGCAAAGAGAAGGAGGGUAAGGAUAGGACCUUCUCGAAGCCACAUGAGCAGCAAGCUUACGAGUUGUCCAAGAAAAUUUGGGGGAAUGAGAGUGGGAAAGAAAAUGGGGUUGAAAAUGAGGAAGCUAAGGUUGUGAAUAGUGAUCCGGAGAGUCUGUUGCCAGCCAAGCGUGUGAAUUCUGGUGGUGUGACUGUGGAGGAGAGGAUUUUGAGGAUUGGGGCAGAGUAUUUUGAAAGCGGAAAAGGGCUCGAGGGGGAAAAAGAAUGGAAGAAGCUGAGAGUCGAGGAGAUUGAGGUCUACCUGAGGCAGUUGGAGGUGAAGACUGCACGGGCAAAGCUUGCUCUGGAUGCUGUGAAGUCCGGGGGUCACUGAAGCUGUAGACAGGUUACUUCAUAUUAAUGCCUUGGCAGUGUUAUAACUGUAGGAUUUUGGGUAAUUUGUGUUCUAUGCUAUGGAUAUAUUGUUAAGCUAAUUCUAGUUUAGGUUUCUUAUUUGGUCGUAAGUCCUUUUGUGGUGGAACCCCUCAUGUUAUGCAUAAUGAACUACUUUGGUGUUUAUCAGUA